AUGUCUCUCAAGGAUGUGUACCAUAGAUUCCUGGCUGCGCCCAAUCCGGCGUCCCUUGCCUCCGAUGUGUCCCUGAUCUAUAUCACCUCUACCACCGAGUUCAGGGGGGUAGACAAAGUGACCCAACACCUCACCAAACAGCAGGAAAUCAAGAUCAACUCUCAAACUGUCAUUGAUGCUGUACAGGGCUCUAACGCGCUCUCUCUGGAUGUCGACACUUCUCUUCAAUUCCUUACUGGAGGUGGAGCCUAUCUUCCUAACCUGGAUGAGACGUUCUUGUUCGAUCGCGUCGUGAAGUUCCCCACGAUCCAUAUCGUCCGCUUCAAUGCCCAGAAUCAAAUCCAAAGCGUCAGAAUCCAUUGGGAUCAGGCCUCCCUCUUAAAACAGGUCGAAGUCAUUGGAAACCGCGCUCGUAACUGGCCUGUUCGCGACGCGGACAAGCAGACUCGCCUGAUCAAGGUCGCAUCCUCAUCGGCUCCCUCAGACAAUGGACCUCCUCCCCCAGUAGCUCAGGCUGAGCCUUCAUUUGCCGCAAAAGAGGCUCAGGAUGAUGCUCCCGCAGCGCCCCCUUCGCCCGGAAAGAAACGCAUCAAGGAUCCUUAUGCGGCCGACUCACUCUUCGAGCUACUUUCACCUAGCAAAGACCGCGAACAAAACGUACAGCCUCCUCGCGCCCCUGCCUCCGCCAAGCCCCCACCUCGUGAUUAUAAUGAACUCUUUGUGGGUGACGAAGGGAGCGAUGAUGCGCCCGAUGCGACACCCUCGCGACCCCGUGCCGUCCCUCCCAAGAUUGGCGCAGGCAAGAACUUCCGCCCAUCGCGUAUCUUCGAGCCCGAAGAAGUCGAGAACUUGAAGGAGGAAUCCCCGGUCGCCCCUAAAGUUGGCGCCGGGAAGAACUUCGGUCCAUCCCGUAUCUUCGAUGACGAUGAGAAGCCGGAGCAGAUUGCCUACCGCGCGCACCCGAAGCGCUUCGAACACUUCGAGCUGGGUGCUGACAAUAGCAGCCGUGAAGUCAAGGCACCUGCCUCGCGCCCAGGCUCCCGCCACGUCAACAACUGGGAUUUUGAAGACUUCUCAACCCCCCAGAAGCCGCAACGCAAACCCCGAGGUGAAGAAGUCCGUCACUUUGGUUGGAGCGACGAUGAGCCUGAGCAGGAUUCACCGCCGGCCAAGCCCCGCGUUGUGCAGCCCCGGCGUGACGCCGAGACUCAUUUCCAGAUCACAGACGGUGACGAAGAGCAGGGCAACAAGCGCAUUAUCAAAUCAUAUCAAAACAAGGGAUUGGGGCUCUAUAAGAAUAAUUUGUACGGGGAAGCAGGUGAGGUCGAGGCCGAGGAGGACACUAAGAGGCAAGCCAGCAAAGAACGCCCUCUUUCUGUCGUGCACAAUGGGCCCAACCGCAAGAAGGACUUCGAACCCCACUGGGAGGUAACAGACGAACCUCAGGAAACCGAAGGCGAUGUCAGCCACGAGAACAAGAAGCCCUCGGAGGAUCGAGUCAAGGCCGUGAAGAUGAUGGAGCCAUCCUGGAAUCCCUACGGUAGAGCCUCAGAGCCAAGCAAGGCCGCCACACCACCACAGCGUCGGAUUUUACACAACGUGAACCAAAAAAGCUGGGGCUUUGAUGAGGAAGAGUAA